AUGGUGGCAGGUGGACCUGGCAGGUUUCUACAGAGUCAGGAGGGGGUUAUUGGUAGGGUACGAGUUGGUCCGAACGAGAACUCGACGCAGAAUGACCAGUGCGGACAGACUUUCCUACUCGGCUCUUCGUGGCCCGGAUUGCUAAUUGCGUCUUGCGAACAGCCUUUAUUCGGCCGUUAUGUGUCAAUAGAGAUUGUGGGGCCAAUCGUCAGCCUGUGCGAGGUAGAGGUCUAUGUUACAGAUAUCUGCUGUGACGAUACCGUAAAACUGAAGAACGGCCAGGUCAAUGCUACCGACGGCUACUGCUCUAAGAGCGACAUCCAGUUCUCUUGUGACACUGGGUACGAGCUAGUCGGCAACCCUGCCACCUGCCAAAAGGACGGGAGUUGGGACCGAGAAUUUCCGACUUGCCAACGGACCUGCUGUGACAACACAACCAGGAUAAAGAACGGCCAGAUUACAGUUAAUGAAGACUACUGCUCUGGGAAUUCUAUCGAGUUCACUUGUGACACUGGAUAUGAGCUUGUCGGCAGCCGCUUCGCUGUCUGUCGGGACAAAAAUUGGGACAGGGAGAUUCCGACAUGCCGACGUAUCCGCUGUGACAAUACCACCGACAUCAUGAACGGCCGAGUCAAUGCUACUGACGGUUACUGCUAA